GUCUAGCUGAUCGAUAAAUCCGCGGUCACACUGGCUGCAUAAAAGUGUUUUCAUUCGCAAUUUUUCAUAUUUUUCCAAUAAAUUAAACUGGAGGGAAUUGAGUGGCUCUUCUACACCAGGCAUCAGGAGCGUCCACUGUUGGCUUUCAAAGAUACCAGUGGCAGCCUAAACUUCCCAACGCCGCUCUCUGUGAAGGACAUCACACGCGAGUUUACCGCCAACUUACGUGAGCGCUGCAUUCUGCGAUCGCCGCAGCAGUUACAGCACACUACAACCGCCUUUGUAGAUCCCGGGACGGGCUUGGUGCGUAUGGUGCUGUCACCUGUUGCCGCAGAGUCCGCCAAUGAGCCGAACGCUGCAGGCGUCGAUUUUGACAUCGAUGCUUGCGCUGGAGCCUCUUCCAUUGUCAUCAACUCCACCGCCACCGCCAUCGCUGCAGCUGAGAAAAAGCCUAGUUACCUGAACUUGGCUUGCAGCGUCAACGGAUACUCGAAUCUGACCACCUACGACUCGAAGAUUCGCCAAGACAUCAACAAGUCGCGUGAGGUCUCGCCGAUCCGCCCCUCCACCAGCAGUCUGCAAUAUUGCAAGCGCAACAAUUCCCUGGCGGCCCCAGUUCUCAAUAGCAUGCCUGUCAUCAAACAGCCCUGCACGCCCAGCAAGUACAGCCUGGUCGAGGAGAGCAACAAUAACAAGGGGCACAGUCCGGAGAAUGGAGUGGAUUCAGCUAUCGGCCAAUGCAAUGGUAGUGCCAAUGGAAGCGGCAGUGGCAGCGGCAGAAAUGGCUCAACCAGCAGCUUCAUAAAGCAGCGUGUGGAGCGCCUGUACGGGGCAAGUGCUUUGACUCAGGGCUUCUACAGCCCAAAGAAGCAUGGCCGGUCCAAUUCGCCAUCCUCAGCGUGGGCGUCAAAGCAUCAGCUCGAAGUGGAGACCUCGCAAAACUCAGAAUUGGCUCGCAAAUUUAAACAGCUCUCUCCCAGCAAGGAUUACGGAGAGUUUCGGAAAAAGCUGCACAACAACUGCUCCCAGACUGCAACGACGCGACAGUUAGAGGAGUCUUCGCCAGAGAAAAACGGCGACGUAGACUUGCCUGUAUUUAGGCACCUAAGUCAUGAGUUCCGUGCCCAGUUACCCACGGUGUCGCCGAAGCGAAGUGUGCCCCGGUCCAUUGCCUCUUUAGAGGUAAAUCUGGCCACUGGGGAACCACUGUCGGCACCAGCUGCAAUAGAUGUUGUUGACCACGAGGCCGUACAAAUUCCCCAAUUGGAUUCGGAGCAGUAUAUUGUCAACACAUCAAUUAUAACAUCCCCUUUAAAGGAAAAGGAUGGAAAUCAUUUUCUUAAAAUACUCAAAGGAGAACAGGAUCGUCUGCUUGCGCUGGCCGCCCUUGCAGAAAAGUACACAGAUGCCUUGGCUAAUAAUCCCGCUAUCACAGAGGACACCUUUGGACUGCUGCGGUCUGCCUCUGGGAAGGCUCGUCUUUUGGCCUCGAAGAAAAUGAAGCAAUUUGAGGGCCUCUGUCACAACAAUUUGAAUCCCUCACCAGAGGACGCGUUUCCCACAACAGGCGACGAUUUGCAGGGAUUCUGGGACAUGGUGUAUUUACAGGUGGAGCAGGUUGAUUCCAUAUUCGCCGAUAUAGACCAGCUUAAAAUGAAUGAUUGGAAGGCGAAACCUGAACCUUCUGCGGUGGAGACGGUGUCCACUAAAACAAUAAAAACUGCAAAGGCGGGAAAUUUGAAAGCGAAAACGGCCGGAUCGACUAAAAUAGCAAAUGGUUCGAAAUCAGCUACUGCGAAUUCGUUGGCAGCAUUGCGACGUGAGGCCCAGAGGAAGCAAUUGCUGGAGAUGAAGCGUCAACGCCGUGAGGCCCUGGCCGCUGGGACUAAGAGUCCAACUGCCUGUGAAGACGCCCCAGGGCAGCAGGGGGAAGGAAUCGGGGAGAGUUCUGCCUUUUUGGGCGUGAAGAACAGCAGCUAAAUAGUGCUCAUUGCAAUCGGCAAUACAUGCUCUCUAGGUAUAAAUCUAUUUAAACUUAACACACUCACAAAUGUAAACCACACUCAUACUCGUACACACAAACAUAACAAGACCAUACUACAUAUGCUUAGAAAUUCCUAGUUGAAUUAAUCCUUAACUAGUCCCAACUAAAAUGCACACGGUGGAGCUGAACUGCAUGAUUAUUCUUGUGUCACAAAUGUAGAGCAAGCCACCAGCGGCCCGCCUUAUUUUUUAGUGGGUCGAUACAGUGAGCCACAUGCUCCAGCAUCGAUAGCGACAUUGAUGGGCUCGAUAGCGCCUUUAAUGGUUUAUAAAAUUUGCCUUAUCUGCGCUCGUUAAGCAACUUAGCUAUACGCACUCUAAACUACUUGAAAUUGUUCAUGACAGUUAUAAAAGACAUAUAUUCUUGCGUAAUUACACAAGAAAUAGGUACAAAAACAAACACAAAACGCUAACAAAUCCCUUGUAUUAGAGAAAUCGAUCUUUUAUAUUCAUUUUUGAAAAGUAACGAAUCUAAAUUAUACACACAUAAAUAUAUAUAUUUUUUUGGCAUAUUAACAGCUGCAUGAACUGAGAUUGAUUAUUCUAGUUGUGAAGUUGUGAAGUUG